GUGAGAGAUGUGAUGAUGAAUAGAACCUUCCAGAUCAUCAGCAUCAAGUUUCCACAGUUUGAGACCUCUGACUGGAUGGAGUGGUUUGACCUCAAGCUGAUCCCUGUCCUUCCCAGUUUUACUGCAGAGAUGCUACAGAUUUCAAUCACCAAUAUAAACUGCACUGACUACCAAGUGAUUGUUGAGGGAUUGAGCAAUAUUUCUGUAAAAAUGGCAGAGAAUAAAAAACAGGACCUUGUGGAUGUUCUAUUUGCAUACCUGAAAAAAUCCUUACAACAAUCUUAUCAACCAGCCUGUAGAGUGAAGAACCAGACAGAAUCAGACUGGCUCACUGUUAACUUUGGCAAAUUCUCCAACUACCUGUCCUACUCUGAAUUGACAGAAUUCAAAAUUUCUGGGGUGGCAGUGUUAAACUUACUGACCGGUGAACAGAAGGCAGAGUUGAUCCUGCAGUCGGGUUCAGGACUGAUGGGAAAUGAGUCUGUGGUUAGAGAGGUCUUCAACAGUGUGCUCAUGUCUUCAGAUCAGAACCAACUGGAUAUCUUCUUCACUACAUUCAACCAGAUUGCAGGACAGAUAAACAUGACCAGCGUUCCUCCAGUGGUAUCAGAGACCAUCCUGAACAUGACUCUGGAGUCUCUGCUGACCCGCUUCCAGACCUUCAGUCCACAGAACUUUACCCUGUGGUUCCAGACCUAUCUCCGCCUCUUCCUUCCUGGGAUUGGUCCAAAGACCCUGUCAGUCAUCCCCAGGAACAUCAGCUGUGACUCCUACAGAGAAAUAGUGAAGGGGUUUGAUAAUGUGUACAGUGAUCUCUCUGCACUGCAGUCCAAGACUGUCUUCAGCUACACAAAGGACUACCUCGUGUACCAGUCCAGCCAAGGUCAGUCCUGUGUGCAGUCAGUGAGCAGUGACUCUGAUUGGCUGGAGAAGAACUUUGGUCGAUUCAGGAGUUUUGGCUCAGUUUCGGAUUUUGUCAGUCUGAAGAAGGACUUCAAUGGAGUGGCAGUGUUAAACUUACUAAGUGGUGAACAGAAGGCGGAGCUGAUCCUGCAGUCGGGUUCAGGACUGAUGGGAAAUGUUUCCGUGGUUAGAGAGGUCUUCAACAGUGUGCUCGUGUCCUCAGAUCAGAAACAACUGGACAUCUUCUUUACUACCUUCAUCCAGAAAGGAGAAGAGGUGGCGCUAUUAAACAUUCUGACAGGUGAACAGAAGGCACAGCUGAUCCUGCAGUCGGGUUCAGGACUGAUGGGAAAUGAGUCUGUGGUUAGAAAGGUCUUCAACAGUGUGCUCAUGACUUCAGGACAGAACCACCUGGAUAUCUUCUUCACUACAUUCAACCAGACUGCAGGACAGAUAAACGUGACCAGCAUUCCUCCAGUGGUGUCAGAAACCAUUCUGAACAUGACCCUGGAGGCACUGGUGUACCGCUUCCAGACCUUCAGUCCACAGAACUUUACCCUGUGGUUCCAGACCUAUCUCCGCCUCUUCCUUGCUGGGAUUGGUCCAAAGACCCUGUCAGUCAUCCCCAGGAACAUCAGCUGUGACUCCUACAGAGAAAUAGUGAAGGGGUUUGAUAAUGUGUACAGUGAUCUCUCUGCACUGCAGUCCAAGACUGUCUUCAGCUACACAAAGGACUACCUCGUGUACCAGUCCAGCCAAGGUCAGUCCUGUGUGCAGUCAGUGAGCAGUGACUCUGAUUGGCUGGUGAAGAACUUUGGUCGAUUCUGGAUGUUUGGAUCAAUUUCUGAUUUCAUCAGUCUGAAGAAGGACUUCAAUGGAGUGAAAGUGCUCUACUCGCUGACCGGUGAACAGAAGGCGGAGCUGAUCCUGCAGUCGGGUUCAGGACUGAUGGGAAAUGAGUCUGUGGUUAGAGAGGUCUUCAACAGUGUGCUCAUGUCUUCAGAUCAGAACCAACUGGAUAUCUUCUUCACUACAUUCAACCAGAAUGCAGGACAGAUAAACAUGACCAGCGUUCCUCCAGUGGUAUCAGAGACCAUCCUGAACAUGACUCUGGAGUCUCUGCUGACCCGCUUCCAGACCUUCAGUCCACAGGAUUUUACCCUGUGGUUCCAGCUCUAUUUGCCCCUCUUCCUUCCUGGGAUUGGUCCAAAGACCCUGUCAGUCAUCCCCAGGAACAUCAGCUGUGACUCCUACAGAGAAAUAGUGAAGGGGUUUGAUAAUGUGUACAGUGAUCUCUCUGCACUGCAGUCCAAGACUGUCUUCAGCUACACAAAGGACUACCUCGUGUACCAGUCCAGCCAAGGUCAGUCCUGUGUGCAGUCAGUGAGCAGUGACUCUGAUUGGCUGGAGAAGAACUUUGGUCGAUUCAGGAGUUUUGGCUCAGUUUCGGAUUUUGUCAGUCUGAAGAAGGACUUCAAUGGAGUGGCAGUGUUAAACUUACUAAGUGGUGAACAGAAGGCGGAGCUGAUCCUGCAGUCGGGUUCAGGACUGAUGGGAAAUGUGUCCGUGGUUAGAGAGGUCUUCAACAGUGUGCUCGUGUCCUCAGAUCAGGAACAACUGGACAUCUUCUUUACUCCCUUCAUCCAGAAAGGAGAAGAGGUGGCGCUAUUAAACAUUCUGACAGGUGAACAGAAGGCACAGCUGAUCCUGCAGUCGGGUUCAGGACUGAUGGGAAAUGAGUCUGUGGUUAGAAAGGUCUUCAACAGUGUGCUCAUGACUUCAGGACAGAACCACCUGGAUAUCUUCUUUACUACCUUCAACCAGACUGCAGGACAGAUAAACAUGACCAGCGUUCCUCCAGUGGUAUCAGAGACCAUCCUGAACAUGACUCUGGAGUCUCUGCUGACCCGCUUCCAGACCUUCAGUCCACAGGACUUUACCCUGUGGUUCCAGCUCUAUUUGCCCCUCUUCCUUCCUGGGAUUGGUCCAAAGACCCUGUCAGUCAUCCCCAGGAACAUCAGCUGUGACUCCUACAGAGAAAUAGUGAAGGGGUUUGAUAAUGUGUACAGUGAUCUCUCUGCACUGCAGUCCAAGACUGUCUUCAGCUACACAAAGGACUACCUCGUGUACCAGUCCAGCCAAGGUCAGUCUUGUGUGCAGUCAGUGAGCAGUGACUCUGAUUGGCUGGUGAAGAACUUUGGUCGAUUCUGGAUGUUUGGAUCAAUUUCUGAUUUCAUCAGUCUGAAGAAGGACUUCAAUGGAGUGAAAGUGCUCUACUCGCUGACCGGUGAACAGAAGGCGGAGCUGAUCCUGCAGUCGGGUUCAGGACUGAUGGGAAAUGAGUCUGUGCUUAGAGAGGUCUUCAACAGUGUGCUCAUGUCUUCAGAUCAGAGCCAACUGGAUAUCUUCUUCACUACAUUCAACCAGAUUGCAGGACAGAUAAACAUGACUAGCCUUCCUCCAGUUGUGUCAGAAAUCAUUCUGAACAUGACCCUAGAGGUGCUGGUGUCCCGCUUCCAGACCUUCAGUCCACAGGACUUUACCCUGUGGUUCCAGACCUAUCUCCGCCUCUUCCUUCCUAAGAUUGGUCCAAAGACCCUGUCAGUCAUCCCCAGGAACAUCAGCUGUGACUCCUACAGAGAAAUACUUAAAGGGUUUAAUAAUGUUUACACUGGCCUAUCAAUCUUACAGUCUGGACAAAUAUUCAAUUUCGUACAAGACUAUCUUCUGUACAAGUUCAGUCAAGAACCGAAUGGUCUGAGUUGCUAUAGCGGCGGGAGCUUCUUUGUCUUCCUCAAGAGCUUCUUCCUCAGUUUUGGGUUUCCUGACUUGAGUGGAGUUCUGUCCAUCAUCCCGGCCAACCGACAGAAAGAGCUGUUGGACUCCAUCUCUCCAGGAGAACUGAGCCAGUUUCUGAAUGGGACGAACACAGUCGGUAACGGGUCAGAUCUCUGCACGUUCCUCAACAACUACAACAGGACCAACCAGUACCUGGAGAAGGAGCCGGUUGUAUCUGCAGCUGUGGGCAGGCAGACGUUGGCAUGUGUUUGGUCUCGUGCUCUCAGUGCGUCGUCUCAGGAUGAGGUGGAUCAGUGGUUUAAUGUCAGACUGGGUCGGUACCUGCCCUUCCUCAGCUCUCAGCUCAUCAACUCCACUCAACUCAGCAACGCCUCCUGCCUGUCCUACAGGAAACUGGUUUCAGUUCUGGGGAGCAACUAUAAUUUCUCAGGCACUGAUUUCACCCCAGCUGAUGUCUACAGCUCUAUAAAGUCUUAUCUGAACAGCAGUGAUGGAUCUCCACGCUGUUAUAACUCCUCUGAUCCCCUUCUGAACUCCACUGCCUGGUUUUCUAACAACAUUGGAUUCUUCAUCACCUUCAUCACCCUCACUGACCUCCAGUCCUUUGUAUCAGACAGCAAGAUCGGUGUGUUUCUGGAAAAUCCUCAGAAUCUCCAGCUGUUUAACAACACAGCAAUUUCAGCCGACGUCACCAAAUACUACAGCUCCCAGUUAUUCAUCCAGAACCCUGCCUUAAACCCCCUCAGUUUGCCAGGUGUUCUCUUGUGUGGAGCUCCAGGUCCUGUGUUUGUGUCUCGUGGAGCUGAAAGCUUUAAAACAAUCCUGGACAGCAUUAAUACAUUUUGCAGUGCUGUUGAUCUGGAGGUCUCAGCAGCACUAGUCACAAACUUCCCCACUAUAUCCACCUCCACCAUCCAGACACUUGGAAACCAGAGCGUUGGUCUGACACAGGGUCAGAUAUCCAUUCUGACCCCCACUGUGAUUAACAGCACUCUGCCUACACUCAGCACCGUCACAGGCUGGAACCAGGGUCAGGCCAACGCCCUCAUCAAGAGCAUCACUAGUGCAGGAUUCACUAUCAACAGCGCCUCCUCUCUGGUGUCUUUGGGAACUCUUGUUGGAGGCGUUCCCUCUGCAACAAUCAAGAACAUCCCAUCCACUCAGGUUCUGACUGCAUCCCAGAAUCCAACAUUCAUCACCAACAUUCUGUCAGCGCCAGUGAUUCUCCAACGUUCAGUUGUCCAGAAGAUCGUCUUUGUGGACAAGACUAAAGUGGUACAGAAUGUUCCAGAUGCUUUGGCAGCAUAUGUUCCCCGAGUGCUGCUGACAAACCUGAAAUCUGUUGAUGUUACACUGAUCAAUAAGAAGAGCUGGAGUCAACAGCAGGCUACUGUGCUGUUUGGAGCCGUUUCUAAAUCCACAAUUGAUACAGAAGUGCUGUCAGAGUCAUUACUGCAGGGAUUCACCUCCAGCUCAAUAAAGACUCUAUCACAGCAGAAGAUCAGACAGCUGGUAACAGCCUGUAGACCACGUCCAGGCAGGAACAAGGUCGUCCUGAAAGAGUCUCAGCUGUCCUGCAUGUACAACGCUAUGAAAUAUGACACAACUCUGAGCUUCACUGACGUACCUUCAGACAUGCUGCUCUACUACAGCUAUAGUAGGGUUAAGACAGUGAACUGCAGGUCGUACUUCAGUGCUCUGGGUGCAGCAGAUUUCUCGGUUCUUUCCAGCGUUCUCAGCAAACAGACGUUGUUCAAGAACGCUCAGAGCUGCCUGGGUAUAUCUGGGUUUAAGCUGAGCAAGGAUCAGGUGGGGGUUCUGGGUAAUAUGAUCUGCACACUGAACCCAUCCUACAUCCAGAACUCUGAUCCACUCAUCCUGGAGAAUCUGAAGAACUGUGGAGAUCUUUCUGACACUCAGGUCACCGCCAUACAGACACUGCUAUUCUCUGGAAACACUCAGUAUGGUAAUCCCUCAGCAUGGAAUCUGAGAACUCUUCAGCAGCUGGGAACCCUACCCCUUUACUUCAAACAAGACUUUUGGGGCAAAUUCAGUUUUACUGUAAGGAAAAUGUAUUUCAAGUCAUUCAUGACAUUCCUGAGAAAGAGGAAAACUCCAAAGUGGAAGCUGAGAAGAUUGUUCAAAGCAUCUACAGUUUCCAGAUUUAGACGUUCUGCAGACUGUACUGUCGGAAACAUCACAGCUGUGACAAUUGCAGAUGAAUCUUUUCCUAUUGACUAUGACUCCACCCAGUUUGAUUUGUGUCUGGAUGUUACUGUACUAAACGAUAACCUGGCAGCCAUUACUGAGAAAGUGGUGGAUGAAAGCUUCCAGAUGAUCAUCCUGGACAAACUGAACCAGCUUUACCCAUCAGGUCUUCCAGAGAGUGUAGUACAGUUACUGGGCUCCACAUCCCGUGUAGCCAAUGUUAGUGACAUCAGCAAGUGGAACAUCACCACAAUUGAUACCCUGUCCUCACUGAUGAACUCAGAUAAUGGAGACUGGACUUCAGAUCAGAGUAAAGCAGUGAUUAUGAAGUAUCUCAGUGUAGAAGGGAACACUUUGGGAACGGAUGAAUUAAAUGCAAUCGGCUCCAACCUCUGUUCUUUGGACGUCAGCGUCCUCAAGACCAUCACUGCUGAUAGUCUGGGGAACACAAAUACUUUGGACAUCUCUUCAUGCUCUAUUGAUCAGAAAUCAGCUCUGUACAGCAUUGCCAACUCCUCUUUCAGCAGCGAACGAAGUGACCCCACAACAUUCUUCUUGCUCAUUAGCCCUUACUUAGGUGGAGCUCCAGUGGAAGAUAUAAGAGCUCUUUCUACUCAGAACAUCAGCAUGGACAUCAGCACCUUCCUCAGUCUGAACCCUGCUGUAAUUAUGGACCUGAGUGUGAGCACAGUGCAGGAUCUGAUGGGGGUGAAUAUUGCUGAUCUGAAGACGUUUGAGGAAUCUUCAGUAAUUCAGGCCUGGGUGACUCAGCAGAAACAGUCUGAAUUGAACACCCUGAAUAUUGACCUGCAGGGGGGUAUAGAUGAUAUCAACACCUCUACAUCUGCUCCAGUUACCAUUACUUCCAUAACUGACAGUGAAACCACCACCAUCUCUACUGAAACCACCACCACUGCUGCUGAAACCACAACAUCUGCUGCUGAAACCACCACCACUGCUGCUGAAACCACCACUACUGCUGCUGAAACCACCACUACUACUGCUGAAACCACCACCACUGCUGCUGAAACCACCACUACUACUGCUGAAACCACCACCAUCUCUAUAAAAACUACCACCACCGUUGAUGCUGAAACCACCACCACUGCUGCUACCAACACUUCCACCAUCACUACUGACACCUCCACAACUGCUAGUCACACUGCCACCACUGGCAUUCACACCACAACCACUGCUAGUCACACUGCUACAACUGGUAUUGACACCACUACUACUGCUAGUCACACUGCUACCACUACUACUGACAGCAGCAGUACUGUUAGUCAUACUGCAACCACUGCUACUGACACCAGUAUUGAUGCUAGUAACACUGCCACCACUGGCAUUGACACCACAACCAUUGCUAGUCACACUGCUACAACGGGUAUUGACACCAGUAAUACUGCUAGUCCCACUGCUACCACUGGUAUUGGCACCACAACCACUGCUAGUCACACUGCUACAAUGGGUAUUGACACCAGUAUUACUGCUAGUCACACUGUUACCAUUGGUAUUGACACCAGUACUACCGCUAGUCACAUUGCUACCACUGGUAUUGACACCACAACCACUGCUAGUCACACUGCUACCACUGGUAUUGACACCAGUACUACCGCUAGUCACAUUGCUACCACUGGUAUUGACACCACAACCACUGCUAGUCACACUGCUACAACUGAUAUUGGCACCACAACCACUGCCACCACUGGUACUGACACCACAACCACUGCUACCACUGGUAUUGGCACCACAACCACUACCACCACUGGUACUGACACCACAACCACUGCUACCACUGGUAUUGGCACCACAAUCACUGCUAGUCACACUGCUACCACUGGUAUCAACACCAGUACUACUGCUAGUCACACUGCUACCACUACUACUGACAGCAGCAGUACUGUUAGUCAUACUGCAACCACUGCUACUGACACCAGUAUUGAUGCUAGUAACACUGCCACCACUGGCAUUGACACCACAACCAUUGCUAGUCACACUGCUACAACGGGUAUUGACACCAGUAAUACUGCUAGUCCCACUGCUACCACUGGUAUUGGCACCACAACCACUGCUAGUCACACUGCUACAACUGGUAUUGACACCACUACUACUGCUAGUCACACUGCUACCACUACUACUGACAGCAGCAGUACUGUUAGUCAUACUGCAACCACUGCUACUGACACCAGUAUUGAUGCUAGUAACACUGCCACCACUGGCAUUGACACCACAACCAUUGCUAGUCACACUGCUACAACGGGUAUUGACACCAGUAAUACUGCUAGUCCCACUGCUACCACUGGUAUUGGCACCACAACCACUGCUAGUCACACUGCUACAAUGGGUAUUGACACCAGUAUUACUGCUAGUCACACUGUUACCAUUGGUAUUGACACCAGUACUACCGCUAGUCACAUUGCUACCACUGGUAUUGACACCACAACCACUGCUAGUCACACUGCUACCACUGGUAUUGACACCAGUACUACCGCUAGUCACAUUGCUACCACUGGUAUUGACACCACAACCACUGCUAGUCACACUGCUACAACUGAUAUUGGCACCACAACCACUGCCACCACUGGUACUGACACCACAACCACUGCUACCACUGGUAUUGGCACCACAACCACUACCACCACUGGUACUGACACCACAACCACUGCUACCACUGGUAUUGGCACCACAAUCACUGCUAGUCACACUGCUACCACUGGUAUCAACACCAGUACUACUGCUAGUCACACUGCUACCACUACUACUGACAGCAGCAGUACUGUUAGUCAUACUGCAACCACUGCUACUGACACCAGUAUUGAUGCUAGUAACACUGCCACCACUGGCAUUGACACCACAACCAUUGCUAGUCACACUGCUACAACGGGUAUUGACACCAGUAAUACUGCUAGUCCCACUGCUACCACUGGUAUUGGCACCACAACCACUGCUAGUCACACUGCUACAACUGGUAUUGACACCACUACUACUGCUAGUCACACUGCUACCACUACUACUGACAGCAGCAGUACUGUUAGUCAUACUGCAACCACUGCUACUGACACCAGUAUUGAUGCUAGUAACACUGCCACCACUGGCAUUGACACCACAACCAUUGCUAGUCACACUGCUACAACGGGUAUUGACACCAGUAAUACUGCUAGUCCCACUGCUACCACUGGUAUUGGCACCACAACCACUGCUAGUCACACUGCUACAAUGGGUAUUGACACCAGUAUUACUGCUAGUCACACUGUUACCAUUGGUAUUGACACCAGUACUACCGCUAGUCACAUUGCUACCACUGGUAUUGACACCACAACCACUGCUAGUCACACUGCUACCACUGGUAUUGACACCAGUACUACCGCUAGCCACAUUGCUACCACUGGUAUUGACACCACAACCACUGCUAGUCACACUGCUACAACUGAUAUUGGCACCACAACCACUGCCACCACUGGUACUGACACCACAACCACUGCUACCACUGGUAUUGGCACCACAACCACUACCACCACUGGUACUGACACCACAACCACUGCUACCACUGGUAUUGGCACCACAAUCACUGCUAGUCACACUGCUACCACUGGUAUCAACACCAGUACUACUGCUAGUCACACUGCCACCACUGGUGUUGACACCACAACCACUGCUAGUCACACAGCCACCACUGGUAUUGACACCGCUACUAUAACUAGUCACACUGCCACCACUGGUAUCAACACCAGUACUACUGCUAGUCACAAUGCCACCACUGGUAUUAACACCAGUACUACUGCUACUAACACUAGCACCACUGGUAUUGUUACCACAACCACUCCAAGUAACACUGCCACCACUGGUAUUGGAACCAGUACUACUGCUAGUCACACUGCCACCACUGAUAUCAACAUUAGUACUACUGUUAGUAACACUGCCAGCACUGGUAUUGGCACCACAACCACUGCUAGUCACACUGCUACCACUGGUAUUGAGACCAGUACAACUGGUAGUCUCACUGCCACCAUUGGUAUUGGCACCACAAGCACUGCUACUAACAUUGCCACCACUGGUAUUGCCACAACCACUGCUAUUCACACUGCUACCACUGGUAUUGAGACCAGUACAACUGGUAGUCUCACUGCCACCAUUGGUAUUGGCACCAUAAGCACUGCUACUAACAUUGCCACCACUGGUAUUGGCACCACAACCAUUGCUACUAACACUGCCACCACUGGUAUUGGCACCACAACCACUGCUAGUAACACUGCCACCACUGGUAUUGCCACAACCACUGCUAGUCACACUGCUACCACUGGUAUUGAGACCAGUACAACUGGUAGUCUCACUCCCACCAUUGGUAUUGGCACCAUAAGCACUGCUACUAACAUUGCCACCACUGGUAUUGGCACCACAACCAUUGCUACUAACACUGCCACCACUGGUAUUGGCACCACAACCACUGCUAGUAACACUGCCACCACUGGUAUUGGUACCAGUACUACUGCUAGUAACACUGCCUCCACUGAUAUCGGCACCAGUACUACUGCUAGUAACACUGCCACCACUGCUAUCAACACCAGUACUACUGCCAGCCACACUGCCACCACUGGUAUUGGCACCAGCACUACUCCUAGUAACACUGCCACCACUGGUAUUGGCACCACAACCACUGCUACUAACACUGCCACCACUGGUAUUGGCACCACAACCACUGCUACUAACACUGCCACCACUGGUAUUGGUACCAAUACUACUGCUAGUAACACUGCCUCCACUGGUAUCGCUACCAUUACUACUGCUAGUAACACUGCUACCACUGGUAUCAACACCAGUACUACUGCUAGUCACACUGCCACCACUGGUAUUGGCACCACCACCACUACUAUUCACACUGCCACCACUGGUAUUGGCACUACAACCACUGCUAGUAACAUUGCCACCACUGGUAUUGGCACCACAACCACUGCUACUAACACUGCCACCACUGGUAUUGGCACCACAACCACUGCUAGUAACACUGCUACCACUGGUAUUGGCACCACCACCACUACUAUUCACACUGCCACCACUGGUAUUGGCACCACAACCACUGCUAGUAACAUUGCCACCACUGGUAUUGGCACCACAACCACUGCUACUAACACUGCCUCCACUGGUAUUGGCACCACAACCACUGCUAGUAACACUGCUACCACUGGCAUUGGCACCACAACCACUGCUAGUAACAUUGCCACCACUGGUAUUGGCACCACCACCACUACUAUUCACACUGCUACCACUGGUAUUGGCACCACAACCACUACUACUCACACUGCUACCACUGGUAUCAACACCAGUACUACUGCUAGUAACACUGCUACCACUGGUAUUGGCACCAGCACUACUGCUAGUCACACCACUCCAAUAGUUAUUGAUACCGUCACAUCUGCAACUCACAAUACCACAAUAUUUGCUCCCACUGCUACUGCCAAAACCACUGUUAACAAUAUACUGAACAGUAAUACCACCACCAUUGACAAUUACACUACCAUCACCUCUACUGUUCCUAACACAGUUACUAGUGCCACAUUCACCACUGCCAACCCCUUAGUUCCCACCACUACUGGAAUCACCUCCUCUGCCAUCGUCAACAUUGUGACUUCAGCACCACGUUCUUGUCAAGGUGUAGACAGUCGUCCACUUGAGACUCAGCUCCAGUCUGGAAACAUAUCAGCAGUGCUCUGCAGCUUUCCUAUCUCUGAUUAUGCCUGUUCAUCAGCUGCAGUUCUGUCUUCCAAAGAUCUCACCACUCUUCUGACAUGUAAAUUGACGAGCAACGUGAGCUAUUCCACAGAAAUCUGGACACUUUUCUUCCAAAGAUUUUCAGCACAGCUGGAGGACGUCCUGGAUGCAUACUCCAAUAUUGCCCUCAACACCAGUCUUCCUGACACAAAUGUUCUCGAUGCCAUCAGUGAGGUGAAGGUCAAGAACUUCAGUCAGACACAGCUUACGGAUGUUGCUUUCAUCAGCAAGUGGUUCCAGAUCAGGCUUAGGCCAUUUUUCUUGACAGCAUCCUCAGCUUUCCUCUCCAGUCUCAGUUCCAAGAACUUUAGCUGCCAGACCUACCAAGUUGUGGUGGAUAUAUUAAGUUCAGAAGGACCUCUUAUGGAAACCAGGCAAAAACUUUCCAUCUUUGCAUAUUUCAUCAUUCCUUUCCUCUCAGGUCAGUCCUGUGUGCAGUCAGUGAGCAGUGAUUCUGACUGGCUGGUGAAGAACUUUGGCCAGUUCAGGAGUUUUGCAUCAUUGUCUGAUUUCAUCAAUCUGAAGAGUGACUUCAAUGGAGUGAAUGCAGCAGCAGUUCUAAGUCCAUCUCAGCUGGCAGGUCUUUGCUCUGAACCCUCUCGACUCCGUGGUCCUCAAGAUGUAAACACUGUGAUGGCAGCCAUUAACCCCAACCAGUUUGCCUCCUUCUUCAACAUCCUCACUCCCAACAUCCUGCUAAAUGAAUCCCGGUACUCCAUUGAUGUGAAGGAAGCAUUCCUUCAGAACGUCCUGCAGAGAGGGGGACUGUCCUCUGCAGCAGUGCCUGAUGCAGAAGUUCUGCAGUGGGUGAACGUUCUGCUCACUCCCUUCCUCUCCAGCCUCUCCUCUGCAGAUGUGACGCCGUACUUCAACAUAAUCAGAAACCGGUCCUGCAACACCAGCCAGACAGCAGUCAGCAAGUUAGACUCUCUGAGAUCCAGUUUCAACAACGACACACAGGUUCAGAUCUUCAAGAACAUUCAACAGCUCCUUGCUGAACCGAAUGGUCUGAGUUGCUAUAGCGGCGGGAGCUUCUUUGUCUUCCUCAAGAGCUUCUUCCUCAGUUUUGGGUUUCCUGACCUGAGUGGAGUUCUGUCCAUCAUCCCGGCCAACCGACAGAAAGAGCUGUUGGACUCCAUCUCUCCAGGAGAACUGAGCCAGUUUCUGAAUGGGACAAACACAGUCGGUAACGGGUCAGAUCUCUGCACGUUCCUCAACAACUACAACAGGACCAACCAGUACCUGGAGAAGGAGCCGGUUGUAUCUGCAGCUGUGGGCAGGCAGACGUUGGCAUGUGUUUGGUCUCGUGCUCUCAGUGCGUCGUCUCAGGAUGAGGUGGAUCAGUGGUUUAAUGUCAGACUGGGUCGGUACCUGCCCUUCCUCAGCUCUCAGCUCAUCAACUCCACUCAACUCAGCGGCGCCUCCUGCCUGUCCUACAGGAAACUGGUUUCAGUUCUGGGGAACAACUAUAAUUUCUCAGGCACUGAUUUCACCCCAGCUGAUGUCUACAGCUCUAUAAAGUCUUAUCUGAAAAGCAGUGAUGGAUCUCCACGCUGUUAUAACUCCUCUGAUCCCCUUCUGAACUCCACUGCCUGGUUUUCUAACAACAUUGGAUUCUUCAUCACCUUCAUCACCCUCACUGACCUCCAGUCCUUUGUAUCAGACAGCAAGAUCGGUGUGUUCCUGGAAAAUCCUCAGAAUCUCCAGCUGUUUAACAACACAGCAAUUUCAGCCGACGUCACCAAAUACUACAGCUCCCAGUUAUUCAUCCAGAACCCUGCAUUAAACCCCCUCAGUUUGCCAGGUGUCCUUUUGUGUGGAGUUCCUGGUUCUGCUUUUGUGACUCUUGGCGCUUCAGAAAGCCAGAACAUCAUAGCGAGCAUCAACAAAUUCUGUCCUCAGAUUAGUCCAGAGGUCACAGCUGCUCUGGUGGCAAACAUCCCUACUUUAACAGUGAGCAGUGUCCAGACACUUGGAAACCAGAGUGUUGGACUGACUGAGGGUCAGAUAACUGCCGCUACUCCCAGUAUCAUUAAUACCACUCUGCCUACACUCAGCAUCGUCCCCGGCUGGAACCAGGGUCAGGCCAAUGCCCUCAUCCAGAGCAUCACUAGUGCAGGAUUCACUAUCAACACCGGUUCCUCUCUGGUGACUCUGGGCACUCUCAUUGGAGGAGUUCCUGCAGCAACCAUCUCCAGCAUCCCACCCACUCAGCUUCUGACUGUAUCCCAGAAUCCAACAUUCAUUACCAACAUCCUGACUGCACCAGUGAUCGUACAGAAAACCUACGUCCAGCAGAUUGUUUCUGUAGAUCAGACCAAAGUAGUGGAGAAUGUUCCGGAUGCUCUGGCGUCGUACAUCCCACCUGUGCUUCUGUCGUCUCCAACGUCCGUUAACGUGACGCUCAUCAACAAGAAGAGCUGGAAACAAGAGCAGGCUUUAGUGUUGUUUGGUCCAGUCGCCAGUGCCAGUGUCGAUACAGAAGAGCUGUCAGAGUCAGUACUGCAGGGAUUCACAUGCAGCUCAGUACAGACUUUAUCACAGCAGAAGAUCAGACAGCUGGUAACAGCCUGUAGACCACGUGCAGGCAGGAACAAGGUCGUCCUGAAAGAGUCUCAGCUGUCCUGCAUGUACAACUUUGUGAAAGAUGACCUAACUCUAAACUUCACUGAUGUACAUUCAGACGUGCUAUUGUACUACAGUUAUGAUAAGGUGCCGAAGGAGAAGUGUACAUCAUACUUCAGUGCUCUGAGUGCAGCUGAUUUCUCCAUUCCGUCCAGCGUCCUCAACCUUCCGUCCACCCUGUUCAAGAGCGCUCAGGACUGUCUGGGUAUAUCUGGAGGUAGGCUGAGCAAGGAUCAGGUGGGGGUUCUGGGUAAUAUGAUCUGCACACUGAACCCAUCCUACAUCCAGAACUCUGAUCCACUCAUCCUGGAGAAUCUGAAGAACUGUGGAGAUCUUUCUGACGCUCAGGUCACCGCCAUACAGACACUGCUAUUCUCUGGAAACACUCCAUACGGUAAUCGCUCAACAUGGAGUCUGGACACUCUGGGAAAGCUGGGCAUCCUUCCUCUCUACCUAAAACGAGACUUCUGGGCCUCCUUUAGCUCUACCACAAAGACAACGUUUCUGAAGUCCUUCAUUGCAAAUCUGAGGACUCGGAAGAUCGGGAUGCUGAAACUGAAGAAAUUCUUUACAGAAUACAACUACAACUUCAAAGUAACAGGACGUGCACAAGCAGUUUGCACUACAGGAAACAUCACAGAGGCGACGAUUGCAGAUCCAUCAUUUCCUUUCGGCUACGACUACACUCAGUUUGAUGCUUGUCUGGACAUCACUGUCCUCAAGGACAACAUCGCCGCCAUCACUGAUAAAGUGGUGGACACCAGCUUCCAGACCAUCAUCCUGAACAAGUUGAACCAGUUGUUCCCAUCAGGACUUCCAAACAGUGUGGUGCAGCUCCUGGGAUCUACAUCUCGACUAGCCACUGCUAGUGACAUCAGCAAGUGGAACAUCACUACUAUUGACGCACUGUCCUCACUGAUGAACCCGAUAAAUGGAGACUGGACUUCAGACCAGAGUAAAGCAGUGAUUAUGAAGUACCUCAGCAUGGAGGGGAACACUCUGGGAACUGUUGAACUAAAUGCCAUCGGCUCAAACCUCUGUUCUUUGGACGUCAGCGUCCUCAACACCAUCUCUGCGAACAGCCUGAAGAAAGCAGACUUCCUGAAUAUCUCCUCGUGUUCUUUGUAUCAGAAAUCAGCUCUGUACAGCAUCGCCAACUCCUCAUUCAGCAGCCAACGCAACGACCCAACAACCUUCUACCAACUCAUCAGCUCUUAUCUGGGUGGAGCACCUGUAAAUGAUAUUCAAGUUCUUUCUACUCAGAACAUCAGCAUGGACAUCAGCACCUUCAGGAGUCUGAAUCCUGCUGCACUCACGGCUCUGAGCGUGGGGACGGUACGUGAUCUCCUGGGGGUGAAUCUGCCUGAUCUGAAGCUGUUUGAGAAUUCUACAGAGGUUCAGUUCUGGGUGGAUCAGCAGUACAAGGUGGAUCUGGAGACGCUGAAUAUCGGACUGAUCGGAGGAAAAGACCUUGUCACUUCUACAACCACGACUACCACCAACACUACCACAGUGACCACAACCAGCCACAUAACAUUUAACGCUACGGCACAGGGAUCAGCUGUUGUUCAUCGUGGUUCAGGACCGUGGUUCAUCACUCUGUGUGUAGCACUGCUGACCAUCACACUGCAGAUACUACCAUAAUCAUCACACAUAAUAUUAUAAUGAUUACUAGUUAUGCAUCUCUGUAUCUUUUUAAUGAAUACGUUGCACUGUGUAUCUUAGCUUAAAAUCUUAAAAUUUCCUCUCGUUAGGUUAUUUAAUAACCUAAAUCUCUAUUCCCUGUGUAAAUAAUUACAGCAACAAUCAAAAUGCCUAGUGAUAUUUAUAUAUUAACUGUAUAUAAUUGAUCUCAGAGUUUAUUAUUAAUAUUUGGAAUUGUUGGCCUGUCGUUCUGAGUUGUUUAUGAGUACUGAAGUGGGACUGUCUAACAUUAAACUGAUUGAUUAUUUUAAUGAAAAUGUUGUUAACAGUAAAAGGUUUUACUUUUGAUUAAUCUACAUUUGAUUAUAAAACUUCACUUUCAGUCUCAAUAAAAUCAUCAUACAGCA